GCAUUCAAGGCAUGUCUUGGUCGCUUCGACCGAAGCGGCGCCAAAGAUGCUGCCCAUAUACGUGAUGACUCUACCAAUGCCGAUUUAUGAAACGGCAGCUGUGUUGGUUGCAGCAUUCAUGGCCUUGGCUGCUAGGACGCUGUGCACUGGUGCCAAGGAUCGCCCAGUCGCAGUUUCGAGGAUGAUAGGUGCUGACGAUCACCAUACUAGAAGACAACGCGGUGCUCGCAGUCUUCAAGUCUUGGACGAUCGCUCAUGGGAGGUAGCAAUGAGCCUCGCAGAACGGGCUUCGCUUCAUGCAGCCAUUGCGCAGGAGAUGAAGGCCUUGCGAUCGAAACCAGCAUCAACAGCCAUUGGCAUCCAUCAGCACUUGCAGCAGGAAUUUCCUCGAAAUGGUCAGGACGAGUUGCUGCGAGGUACUGUCUCUGAUGCUGAUGUGCAAGCUUAUGCAGCAGGCUUCGAGUAGUGAGUUGGCUCCAGACUCUUUAUUUCUAGCAGGGCAUAGACCGGCCACUCUGAACUGAUUGGGCUUGGACCCUUGGAAUACUGCGUAACUUGGAACGGAUACCUGUAAAGACCGUUCGGUGUUUCGUGUCACCCAAAAAAGGAUGCAAUUGAUCAUCCCUGUAUUGUAGCCAGAUAAAAGUUUCGAGGUGCCUUCCUCCAACCUCCAGUUGCAACAAUGUGUUCCAG